AUGGCGCCGCUCGUCCCCGUCUUCUCCGCCGAAACCCUCCCAGACCAUGUCAACACCGUCCGCCGCAAUUUCCAAGAGAAGCGCCGUAAAGGUCCCGCGAUCGAUCUGAAGGAGUGCGCGCUGCUGGAGAUGAUGCAGUACUCGUGCAACCCACCGCAAGAUGGAAUUCCGCAGCCGGGGGCGGUUGUCUGCAAACCAGUUGUGCGCUUAUUCCGGCGGUACGUCUUUACGGAACAAACGGCUGGGUCAACUACGAAGGGCAUUGCUGACGAGGCUGCAGAUGUGCUGGCGGAUUGA